GUCUCGUCCUUUUUUUCUCUACCCCAGCGAGAGCAGCAUUGUCUUGGGCUUGACUCCUGCUACGGACAAGCACUCGGCGUACGAAGCGAGAUUUUGCUUGCACCAAUACUCAGGCGACCACCUCCAUACCAUUCCAGCGCGCCUUGCGAUUCACGAGAUCACGGCCUCGAGUUACAUCCCAGCCUUGUCACAACAGAUCACCAUCGUACCGUACCGAAGCUUCUUGACGACUACGCUGCCCAUAUCUACCGAUUGCAGUCUGAUUGCCCGGCUCGCGGCUGUCCCAUCUACGAAAGUUGUCAACCUCGAGAGGCAACUCGAACUCGCCUAGUGUGACAGGUCACGUUCAAGACGACCUGCUCGCACGAACGAGCAAGAGCACACAUGUGAUUGAUCAUGGCCGAGAUGGAUAACCUCAGGACGGCAUCCUUGUACAUCAAUAACCAGCUUCUUUCACGAGGCCUUCUGCGAGAUGGCCAGAGUAUCGACUUCGCAAACCCAGGGGCCGACCCGGGCGGCUUAGCUGCCGCCAUGGGCCGGAUCAUGAGCGUAGUCAACGAUUUGAUCUUGAAGAGAGACCGCGAUGCCGAGCAUCGCGAAUCGCUCUCUAGCACUCUCCGCACACUACGGGCCGAGACCCUUCGACAAACCACCGACUACACGCGGCAGGCGGACAAGCUGGCCGAUGCCCAGCGGCGGCUCGACAGCGCUGAUUCAACAGAGCGGGCGAUGCGCACGCAGCUCAAGACGGCCGAAGCCAACAUCCACAAAAUGAAGGACGAGAUGCACAAGAUGAAGACGCUCGUGGCGCAGACACGGUCCUCCUGUGCCAACGAAGUGCGCAAACGCGACCGGCAGAUCGAGGCGCUCAAGAAGACGGUCACCGAGGCUGCGCGGGUGCGCGGCGGUGCGCGCAGUCGCGACGUCGUCACGAUCAGCGUGACAGGGGACUUUGGGGCCGAGAGCAGUGGCGCGCCUGCUGGUGCCACCUCCGAGGCCGAGUACAGCUUGCGCAUGGAGACGAACGAGUUCCUGACCCGGCUUGCAAGGGGCCUGAGCGAGGAAAAUGAAGGGCUAGUCAAUAUUGUGCGACAGACUGUGGACAGUCUAAGGGAGAUGGGUGGCCUGGAGGCCAGCUUGGGCAGCAGCACAUCGGGCAAAGGCGCCGAGGAGCUCGCUGCGGAGCUCGAGGGGAUCAUGGACCACCUACGCAACAUCCUCACGAAUCCGUCCUUUGUGCCGAUCGAGGAGGUGGAGAUGCGUGAUGAGGAGAUUAACCGCCUGAGGGCAGGUUUCGAGAAGAUGGAGAUGCGAUGGAAGGACGCGGUCAGAAUGAUUGACGGCUGGCGCCGCCGCAUGGGUUCGGGUGGCAAAUCGGUCGAUAUGGAGGAGCUCAGUAUGGGCUUGAGACUCAGUCCCGUGCGCAUCCGGGACAUUGUCGAGGGCGAGCCGAGUCGAUCAGAGGCUAUGGAGCUCUCCUGUGUGCAGGAAGAAGAGGAGGAGGAGGAGGAGGAGGAGGUAGUCAAGAAGCACACCCCAUCUCGUGCGUCCCCGCCGAGACUUCAGCACGUCGCCUUAGCACGCACGAGGUCGCCAAGUCCUAUUGAGGACGUCCAGCAGGUCGAAGCGACAGAUCCUGAGGUUGAUGCGAUGCAGUACGAUGAGGAUGGAGUGGAGGAGGAUUCUGAUACCAGCAGUAUCUACGAGGAUGAUCUUCUCGAGGUGGAGGAGGUAGAGGAGCCCAACUUUGAGGUGCUCCAGGAGUCUACUGGCCCGGCCGUGCCAUCAUCGCCGCUGCCAGAACGACCACAGUUGAGCCCACUAAAGGACUCCUUUUCAGCCGGCAACAAGAUGCUCGGCGAAGAGCGACCGCACUUCUCACGAAAGCGCGGCGCCGGCGAUGCUUCUGCGGCUUCAGAAGAGCCGGUGAACCAGACCUCGAAGGGGCCUGUGGAAGAGGACAAGAAACGCGAAAAGCGCGAGCCUGUGCCCCCAUCCCGCAACACGAGACUCGCUGCUCGGAGAUCGCUGGAGAAGAGCGCUGAGAGUUUCGAGCUGGCGUACGAGAGCCCACACUUUGGGAAGUCGAGCGAGAAGGCUUCAGAGCUUAGGCUGUUCUCGAAGCCUGCCCCUCCUCUGACAUUGCAGGGCAAGGACAAGAGCAAGACGGCGGCGCCAGCAAGGCCGAGGACAGAGAAGACGGAGCAGCCUGCUGCUGCUCCGUCGUUUCCCAGGAAUGCCAGAAGCAGGGCUGCUGCUACCUCCAAAAAGGUAACAGCAGCCACAGAGAAGCCUGAGGGUCCUGCAGAGAAGAAGCUCAGGAGGAGUCUACCUGACUCCGAACCAGACGAGGGUGGUGGCGCGAGGCUGCAAGUACUUGUGCCGGCUGCAGCGGACAAAGUCGAGCUGGUCGCGGCGCCUACCGGCAGUGACAGCAGCAGCAGCAGCAGCAGCAAAUCAAAUGCAGUGAACCUUGGCCCAAGACCUCAGGCACUGCAACAAACUUGCAGCCCCAUCCGGCCUCAGGGAUCCCGCUUGCUACCACCGCGCAGGAGAGUCCCUGCCAUACCACAGAGCCCUCUGACCAUGGAGGCCAUUACGGCCAAGCUGGCGGCUUCCGAGCGGGAGGCGGAUGCGGCGAGGGUGCGUGCCAAGCUCAAGGCUGCGAGGCUCGGGCGUAGGGCUGGCGGUACUUCGCCGCCAGGUGCCGCAGCGUCGCCCGCGAAGAACAAGACAGCGGCAGUGGCCUCGUCAUCAUCACCACCAGCCGUAUCCGCCGCAUCACAGGAGGAACAUGAAGAGCCUGUCAAGAAGACCGUCAAGACGACCUCGUCGCCGAUCAGGAUCGUCGAGCCGGACUCGGGAGAUGACCAGGAGGCCCAUGACGCGGUGAGGGUUCAACCAGUGGUGGAGGACGGGGAUUUGCUGGACGACCUGGCUGCUCCCGAGUCUCAGGAGGAGGUGGAGCAGCAGCAUCAGCAAGGAUCAAGUCCCAAGAUCGAAGUCGUCAAGCGCAAGCGCGACAAGCGCCUGAACCAGGCGACCUCUCGCCGGGCGUCGAGGAGGCGGUCCACCCUGAGCCCGUGGGAGCUCGAGAGUCUGAUCUCGGGGAACGUUGGGCCUCCUAGUCCGACACGGGGUUGAAGAAGAAAAAAACGGCCUUGGUCUCGGAGGGACUGGUUCAUGCAUUGACCAGUUCGGGAUUGGGAAUAGAUAGGCGAAGGCAUGGGCCCGGGGCGUUUGGGAAGGGCGGGAAGUGUUCUUUAUUGGCAGGAGUUCGUUGUGUAGAAUAAUAUACCAUUGUUUGUUGUUGCUG